AUGGUCGACGUUGCGAAGGCAUAUAAUACCGUGUGGCGUCAUGGAAUACUGCAACAGCUGGCCAACUGGGGGAUCACCGGACAAAUGGGCCGCUUCCUAAGCGACUACCUAUCCGACCGUACCUUUCGCGUAGGAAUAGGGGGUGCCCAAUCCAACGCCUUUCCGGAAGCCAACGGCGUCCCCCAGGGAUCCGUUCUCGCUGUAACAUUGUUCCUGGUGGCCAUGAAUUCUUUGUUCGCCAAUCUGCCGGCUGGAAUAUACGUCUUUGUCUACGCCGAUGACAUCGUGUUGGUCUCCAUAGGAAGGACAAUCGGGCGAACCCGUCGAAAACUUCAAGCUGCCAUAAGCGCGGUGAGCCGAUGGGCAGUAUCAGUCGGUUUUAACAUGGCACCCGCAAAAAGCGUAAUUACACACUGCUGCAACAAAAACCACAUUGCAACAGGGAGGCCGAUCCUUCUGGACGGGGCGGUCGUUCCUUAUCGUAAGGAACCGAAGAUCUUGGGGAUAACCGUGGACCGUCGGCUCACUUUCGCGCCACACUUCCAACGUAUCAAAGCCGACUGCCGGAGCCGGUUGCGACUAAUUAAAACAAUCUGCUCCCGGCACAAGCGUUGCAAUCGAUACACCGCAUUGAAUAUUAGCCAGGCCCUAGUCCACAGCAAGAUAUUCUACGGGGUUGAGCUGACAUGUUGCAAUACGGAAGGACUUACCAACAUUUUAGGCCCGCUAUACCACGGAACAAUUCGUGCUGCCUCUGGUCUGCUACCCAGUACGCCUGCUGAGGCGGCCUGCAUGGAAGCCGGGAUUCUCCCCCUUCGUUGGGCGGCUGCACUCACCAUAGCUAGAAGAGCAUUGGCAUUUUUAGAACGAACCUCCGGAGAGGACUGCUUCCUACUACAGACAGCUAACGAGAUCCACCAGGAAUACACAGACGUGGAUCUGCCACCGAUCGCCCGCUUACACCGAGUUCGUGACCGGACCUGGCACGUCCGCGGACCCAACCUAGACACAAGUCUGUCUGCAGAACUGAGGGCCGGCGCAGCUGCCAGUGAAGCCAGAGCCAAAUACAAUUGUCUAAUGGCUACCAGGUAUAGCAAUCACGUACGGAUUUUCACCGACGGCUCCAAGAUUGGCGAUGAGGUCGGUAUAGGAGUAAGCGGAAUAGGGGAAGGACUCUCCUUUCGCCUACCAGCACAAUGCUCGGUUUUCUCAGCGGAGGCGUCAGCUAUCGCCCUCGCUAUGGUCCAGAAACCGGAAGAUACACCCGUCGUCUUGUUGUCGGAUUCUCUAUCAGUCAUCUCCGCCCUCGAGUCGGGAAAAUCCCGCCACCCCUUCAUCCAGGCUAUCGAGGCCGAGUACGACCCACUCACAACAAUCUGCUGGGUCCCCGGUCACUGCAGCAUCGACGGUAACGAAAGGGCUGACCGCUUGGCGGCCAGAGGGAGACACGCCCGCCGACACCUCACCAGACUCGUCCCAGCCGCAGAUAUAUUAGGCAAGUUGAAGCUAAAGAUAGCCGAAAGUUUCGUGCGUCAUUGGCGCAGCAAUAGCGGACACCUCCAGCGCAUCAAAGGCUCGCUCGACCGCUGGACGGAUCGGAUCGACAGAAGAGAACAACGAGUACUGUCGCGACUCAGAGUUGGGCAUACAAAAGUCUCCCAUGCCCACACCGUAUCGCGUGUCCCUCCACCAACAUGUGUCACAUGCGGAGUCCGAACCACGGUGGAACAUAUCUUAGUGAACUGUCCGGAGUACAGUGACCUCCGAUAG